AUGAGAGAGAAACAGUUUCUUGCUUAUCUGUGUCUACUGGGAUGUCUUCUGCUUCCCCUAAUUAAAGUUAUCUCUGCUUCAGAGUUCAAAUUGGAUGGGGAUUAUUUGAUUGGGGGUCUUUUUGAUAUUCAUCAUGUCAGUGGAGCAUAUCGUCAUUACAAGCCAGAAGCCAUCACCUGCUCAAGUGAACGAUUUAUUCUGUCAAGUUAUCGGCGAUUUCAGGUGAUGAGAUUUUCUGUUGAUGAAAUCAAUAACUCCACCAACCUGCUGCCAAAUGUAACUCUCGGCUAUCAGAUAUUUGACCACUGCUCAGACACACAGAACUUUAAUGGCGUUUUCAAUCUCAUCUCUGAUAAUAAUUUCAUAUACCCAUGGGACGAGUUGAGCAAGAACAUUUCUAAAGUGAUCACGGUGGUUGGCACUUAUACAAGCACGGAGACUCUGACCGUGGCCCCGCUCUUCAUGACGAAUCUUAUUCCUAUGGUCAGUUACGGAGCUGCUAGUUCCAUCCUUUCAAGAAAACAGAAUUUUCCAUCUUUCUUACGAACAGUCCAUCCCAACAAAGAUGUCAUUGAAGUGGUUUAUAACAUCCUGCAGAACUUUGACUGGCGAUGGGUCUCAUUCCUUUAUAGCGAUGGUGAUUAUGGAAAAGAUGGCUUGGACUUGUUCAUGAACAAGAUAAAGAAUACGGAGAUCUGCUUGGCGUACACCAAAGGCCUUACUGAAAACACAGAUUAUUCUCAAGUGUUCGACCAGCUUGAGGCACAAAGAGUGAAUACCAUCAUCGUUUUUGCUCCUGAAUGGACAGCUGAAGCUCUGAUUAAAGCAGCUAUAGAACAAAAUGUGACAAACAAAGUUUGGAUAGCCGGGGAUGCUUGGUCCUUACACAAGGAGCUCCCCAAGGAAAAUGGAAUCAGAAAUAUUGGAACUGUACUGGGUGUUGCUGAGCCAAAAAUGGCAAUACCAGGCUUCAACGAUUUUAUCUAUUCCUCUGAAGCUCAGUCUCAGCAUGAUAAUACAGAUGAGGAACCAUUUUGUAAUCAGAUUUGCAAGUGCCCGAAUGUGACUGCUGAAGAUAUCAUUAACGCAGACCCGUCUUUCAAUUUUCCUGUUUACUCUGCUGUCUAUGCUGUUGCACAUGCUUUGCACACUGUCUUGCAAUGUGGGACUGGCAGGUGUAAUAAAGCUGUAUCAGCACAACCACACAUGGUUCUAACAGCACUGAAGAAAUCCAACUUUCUACUUUUAAAUCAGAGCAUUCAGUUUGAUGAGAACGGAGACCCGAUGUUUGGGUCUUAUUCAAUAGUUUUCUGGAAUUACAGUGGGGAUGCAGAGGAGAUUGGGUUUUACAACUUUUACCCUUUUCUCCAGUUCUUCAUCAACAGCACUAAAAUUCAGUGGCAUUCAAAUGGGGAGGAACCAGUGUCUUUUUGUUCCAAAGAAUGCCCUGAAGGGUAUUCAAAAACCCAAGAGGGAAUCCAUAAAUGCUGCUUCAACUGUACAGUCUGUCCAAAUGGGACUUAUAUCAACACUACAGAGGACCCCUACAACUGCAUCAGUUGCAAGGAGACAGAGUGGUCAGAUCAAGGAAGUACACAGUGCAACCUGCGCCUGGUGGAGUACAUACCAUUCUCCGACAGUGGCGCCAUAGUGAUCAUGUUUGGAGCCUGCGCUUUAGUGGGCCUCACACUAGCCAUGUCUGUUCUCUUCGCCGUCAACUACAACACUCCUGUUGUCAGGUCUGCCGGUGGGCCGAUGUGCUUCCUGAUUUUAGGCUGCCUCAGUGUGUGUAGUCUUAGUGUGUUCUUUUACUUUGACAAACCUACAAUUGCUUCAUGUGUCUUAAGGUUUUUACCAUUUCUAUUGUUCUUCACUGUUUGUCUGGCAUGUUUUGUUGUACGCUCUUUUCAGAUUAUUUGCAUCUUCAAAAUAGCUGCCAAAUUCCCCAAACUCCUCAGUUGGUGGAUGAAAUAUCACGGACAGUGGUUGGUCAUCAGUGUGGCAUUUGUCACUCAGGCUAUUUUACUUGUUGCUGGUUAUUCUGUUGCCCCCCCAAGGCCUUAUAGUGAUAUAUUUUCCUACACAGAAAUAACCAUACUUGGUUGUGAUAUUAACCUUAAAGCAAUCUCUGGUUCUGUGACUUUACUUGCCUUACUGUGCUCCCUCUGCUUUAUUUUCUCCUACAUGGGAAAAGAUCUCCCUAAGAAUUACAAUGAGGCCAAAGCCAUAACCUUCUGCCUGCUGCUUCUGAUCCUUACUUGGAUUGUGCUCAUCACCACAACCAUACUUUACCAUGGAAAGCAUAUUCACACAUUCACUGCUCUGGCAGUGCUUUCUAGUCUCUACUCUUUUCUGUUAUGGUAUUUUUUCCCAAAAUGUUACAUCAUUAUUUUUCAGCCUCAGAAGAACACUCAACAGCACUUCCAGGGUCUCAUUCAGAACUAUACAAAAACCGUCAACCAGUAGUUCCCUCCAGAUAUGUUCUGCUUUACAUAAUAUCUUAAGAUUCUUGUA